AUGUUCCGCCAAAGUAUUCGGCGUUUUGGCACUACCGCCCUUCGCGCUGCCGAAGGGUCGACUGCCUAUGCCACUCGCGUGUCUACUGCCCAAGGCUACGUCAACGGCCUGACCGAAGCAAUUGGCAACACUCCGCUUAUUCGGUUGAAGCGCCUUUCUGAAGAGACCGGGUGUAAUGUUUUGGGCAAGGCGGAAUUCCAGAACCCUGGUGGUAGCGUCAAGGACCGAGCCGCUCUUUUUGUCGUUAAGGAUGCCGAGGAGAAAGGCCUGCUGAAGCCUGGCGGCACUGUCGUUGAGGGAACUGCGGGCAACACUGGUAUUGGCCUUGCCCAUGUUUGCCGGUCAAAAGGCUAUAAGCUGGUAAUCUACAUGCCCAACACUCAGUCUCAGGGCAAGAUUGAUUUGCUCCGUCUGUUGGGCGCGGAGGUGUACCCGGUCCCUGCUGUCGCAUUUGACAACCCUCAAAACUACAACCACCAGGCCAGACGACACGCGGAGUCGCUGGACAAUGCUGUUUGGACCAAUCAAUUCGACAACACUGCCAACCGUCAAGCGCACAUUGAGACCACUGGUCCGGAGCUGUGGGCGCAGACCGGUGGCAAUAUUGAUGCCUUCACCUGUGCUACGGGUACUGGUGGUACCCUGGCUGGUAUCACCCGCUACCUGAAGACUGCCAGUGAUGGCCGCGUUAAGUGCUUCUUGGCCGAUCCGCCGGGCAGUGUCCUGCACAGCUACAUCCAGAGCGGCGGUAAGCUAAGUGAGCGUUCAGGCGGCAGUAUCACCGAAGGUAUUGGUCAGGGUCGCGUGACGGACAACCUGAAGCCUGAUAUUGACCUGAUUGAUGGCUCCGUCAACAUCCCCGACGAGAAGUCUAUCGAGAUGGUUUACCGCUGCCUCGAUGAGGAGGGUCUGUACCUCGGUGCUAGCUCUGCUCUGAACGUCGUGGCAGCCAAGGAGGUCGCGGAGAAGAUGGGCAAGGGUAACACUGUUGUGACUGUUCUUUGCGACGGUGCUUACCGCUAUGCGGACCGUCUGUUCUCCAACACUUGGCUCAAGAGCAAGGACCUCCGUGGUGCUAUUCCCAAGCAUCUCGAGAAAUACAUUGUUCUGCCUUAG